AUGUUCGUUAUUUUAGCAAUUGUGUUUAUUGUGAUACUUUUGUACUACUUUGAUAGAAAGCAAUUUACAUACUGGAAGGAUAAAGGAAUUCCUCAAUUAGACAAUCAAACAAUAUUAAUAGGAGACAUAAAGGAUCUUGUUCUACAAAGAAAGUCGAUAGCUAAAUUUUAUGGAGAUUCAUGCGUUUCAUUCCAGUCAUCGCCAAUCGUUGGAAGUUAUUUCUCAUAUCGUCCACUAAUUAUCAUUAAUGACCUAGAAUUAGCAAAAACAAUAUUGGCGACAGAUUUUCAUUAUUUUCAUGAUCGUGGCAUAUUCAUUGACCCGACGAUUGAUCCGUUAACUGAAAAUCUUUUCUUACUGCCUGGAGAAAAAUGGAACAAUCUCAGAAAGAAAUUAACGCCGCUGUUUUCGACCUCAAAACUUAAAAUGAUGCUGCCAAUAAUACAAGAUAGCGUGGACAUCCUCGAUAAUUACAUAAGCGACAAUUUAGAACUUGAUAAAACUUUUAUCACCGAUAUUCGUGAUUUAUCGUCUAAUUUCAAUUUAACAAUGAUUUCGUCAAUUGCUUAUGGUACUCAGAAUGAUUGCAUUAAUGAGCCCAACAACUUGUUCCGUCUCACAUCACUUAAAGUCUUAGAUCAGAACUUUUUUAAUAAUUUUCGACUUGUAACUGCACUUUUUAUGCCAAAAAUAAGCAAAAUAUUUAAAAUCUGCGUGUUCGAUAAGGAGGUCAGCAAGUUCUUUCUAGACAUCACAAAGGAAACAAUCAAAUACAGAGAAGAAACUGAUAUCAACAGAAAUGACUUUUUGCAACUAUUCAUGCAAUUGAAAAACGAAGGUCUACGCAAGGCAAACGGCAGUGAAUCAACAGACGCAGACAGCUUUACAUUAAAUGAAGUGGCUGCAAAUUUGUUUCUAUUUGUUAUUGCUGGAUAUGAGACUACAUCUGCAACAAUUUCAUACUGUCUUUAUGAGCUUGCGAAAAAUUCAGCAAAUAAAAAAAAAGUUCAGGCAGAGAUCGAUGAACUUGACAAUGAAGAAUUUAGCUAUGAAAAAAUCAGCAAGCUUAAAUAUCUUGAGAAUUGCGUCAAUGAAACGCUAAGGAAGUAUCCUGUAAUUCCAGUACUUAACAGAGAAUGUUUACAUGACUAUCGAGUUCCUAAUACAGAUCUUGUCAUUCCGAAAGGAACUCCAAUUAUUGUUCCUGUCUACGCAAUGCAAAGAAACCCAGAACUUUUUGAAAAUCCAACAGAAUUCAAUCCAGAUCGAUUUGACAACAAAAACUCUUUAUUAUUAAGUUUUGGACAUGGAAAUCGUUCAUGUAUAGGCAAUAGAAUGUCAUUAAUUGUCAUAAAGACUUGCUUGUGUGCUUUACUGUCUAAAUAUGAUGUUAAGCUAGUCAGUCCACUAAGGGAAAUUGAAUUUACGCCAAAAAUUCCUUCAUUAGCUCCAACUGAGAAGCUUUUGGUAAGUUUUUCGAGGAGGAACAAGUUUUAA